GUCAACGCGCUACUAGCAAUGCUGUCAUCGACACGACCACUGAAUCAACACUUGAGUGAUUUUCCAUGGGGAUCAAAUGGAAUUCGUCUACGCAAAAAAAUAGGUAACCCUUACUACUUCACUGUUGGAAAAGUAAAUAUUGCAUUGCUCAAGUUCGAAAAAAUAAGUACAGAAUGAAUAUUUCGGAAUCACUGCUUGGAGCCACAGCGUCAACAUGAAGCUGGCCGUGCGGGGUCGCCUCAAGAGCCAGCGCGUGUCCAAGGCCAACGCCCCCGACAGCGCCAAGUACUUGGUCAAGUGGAAGGAGAACCGCAGCAUCGGCGUCCAGCUGCGCGAAUGCCGCCUCGCCAAGGGCGUGUACCCCAUGGUCGUGCUCGUGUGUCGGGAUCUGUGCUGCGACGCGCUGCGGCACGUGCACAUCGGCAACCUCCUCGUGGAAAUCAAUGACACGGCCAUGAUGAGCGUCACGAAGACCGUCGCAGUUGUGAAAACGUGCACCAAGACCGCCUUGUUCAAGUUUAAACGAGGCCCGGGCAUCUCCGUGUCCAGGGUCAGUGCAUAGUUAGUGUCGUUAGUAUCACAACAGAAUCCAUUCGACACAACUACAAAGUCGAACACUUGUUUUGAGCAAGUUUUGUAAGUAGCGCCUACAAAAUCGCACUGCUUUCAUUAUUGAUUGGG